GCAGUGGCGUAGUGGAUAAGGUGGCGAGCGUAGUAUCGGGCAGACGUUCACGGGAGACUCUCCGCUACUAAGAAAUUUAAGCCCCAAUCACCUGGCUUGUUUUGAGGCCCGGAUACGAGAGAGCCAGCGUGUAGGGGGAGCAGACGGUAAUGGCAAGGUGCUGUGCCCCGUGGUGUGGGACGGCGUCACUUGCUGGCCGGCCACACCACCAAACACCACAGUCUUCCUUCCCUGCAUGGCCACCCUCAACGGAGUUUCAUAUGACACUACCAAGAACGUGAGCCGCGUGUGUGACCUGGAUGGGGAGUGGAAGCUGAGUGUCUACACUGCCUGUAUGCCUCUGCUGCCCGAUCGCGGUGGUGUGCAGCGUGCGGGAGACGUGGACAACUUAGCCACCCUCCACCAGCUUGGGUUCGGUCUCUCCGCAGCGGCCCUCACCAUCGGCCUGUAUAUCUUUAUUCGACUCAAGGACCUGCGGUGCUUGCGGAACACAUUACACAUAAACCUCAUGCUCACUUAUCUCAUGGUCGGUCUCACUUGGCUCCUGGCGGCGUCAGCGCAGAUGGUCGAGACGGAUGUUGGAGGCCCAAUAUUCUGCACCUUAUUCCUCUUCCACCUCCUGUUUCACGUCGCAAAUUUCUCGUGGAUGUUUGUGGAAGGUCUGUACCUCUACUUGCUGGUGCUCCGAGCCUUAUACGUGGAGAAGAUCAAGCUGCGGUUCUACCUCCUCAUCGGCUGGGGUGUGCCAGUGACGGUGACAGUGCUGUGGGCAUGCGCGAGGGUGGUGGAGGACAUACCUAGGCAGGACGAUGGCGGUGGUGGGUGGUGGGCGGCGUGGCAUCUGACAUGUCCGUGGGUGCAGGAGUCCACCCUAGAUUGGCUGCACCGCGCGCCAGUAUUGCUAGUGCUCGCCCUUAACACCUUUUUCCUCACACACGUCAUGCUGGCAAGUACCGCGCCCCUGAUGUCUCUUAGAGGUGUGUCCUCCUCCACACCCUCCCUGGUAGAUCUUGACCUGUACAAAGAGCAUUAA